AUGGCCAUCGACAAUGCAGCAGACCUGAUCAAGGAUCAUGAGGGUUUUCGCUCGGACGUGUACGAGGACACCACCGGCAACCUGACCAUUGGCUGGGGCCACAAACUUCCUCCUGGAUCUGAUGUCCAGACGGUCACCGACGAGCAGGCAAAGAAGUACUUCGAUGACGAUUACAGAGUAGCGGCCGGUACUGCCGCACAGUUCGUGUCCAACUACGACUCCCUCACAACUGCGCGUCAGGCAGUGUUGAUCGACAUGGCCUUCAACCUUGGCAGAGCGGGUUUGGCAGGCUUUGUCAAUUUCAAGAGGGCGUUGGAGGCGGAGGACUAUGAAGAAGCUGCUCGGCAGAUGCUGGACUCCAGAUGGGCUCGGCAGACUGGACGGAGGGCAACCGAGGAUGCGGCUAUCAUGAGGAGUGGGACAUUCAAUUAG